GCACUAAUGAGGUCUAAUGAACACAGAUCUACUAUUACUACUAUCAUCUAGACUAGAAUCUAAAAUAGAGAUACCUGUCACACUUAAUAUUAUAAUUAAUAAUAGCAUUAGCAGGACUGGCAGGAGAUGUAGAAUCAAACUCAGGACCUAGAGAUAGAUGCUACAUUUGUAAAAAAAAAGAAAGAAAUAAAGUGUGAGUCUUUAUAAAUUGUAACUACCAACAGACAUUUUCAAGCCAACAGUCAAAAUAAAGAGUUGCUAAGUGGAUAGAGGUACUUCUGUGGGCACUUGUAUGCUUAGCCAAAAUGGCUGAAGAACAAAUACAGUAUCACAUUGAAAUUCAAGAUGCUCAAGGCUUGGAUGCUGUUGAUGGGGAAGUUAUGGUAGUCUUGGACCUCAAUGGACAAGAUCUGCCAGAAAGUGUUGCCCAGGCUAUUAUGGAGUUGGCCCAAAACAGGCAUCGGAGCAACAAUGGGGCCUCUUCAAAUAUGAAGUUUCUACUUCAAGAAUCUCAUCAGCUUGUUGACUUACCUGCUGAAGUGGCUGUUGAACACAUCAAGAUCGAAAAUAUAGAUAUGUUAGAUGCUCAGGAGCUUCAACAGCCUCUAAAAGAAGAGGCAAAAAUCAUGCCACAGGAGAUGGAACUUGAGAAGGUUAGUGUUUUGGAUGCAACAACUCAAGAAACUAAAACUAGGUAUCUGGUGCACAACCUGGCUGAGCUGGAGCGAAUCAGAGUGGGAGCUGCUUACAAACCCAGGCGAUCAAAGCAGGAUAAACUCACUGAAAAACCUCUGAUAUUGAAUGAGGUAGGGGUGGUCAAGGUAGAAACUGGUGUUCAAUGUGAGUUGAUUCAUAUUACUGAGAUGAAGGAAAAUAACUCUGAUGCACAGGGAAACACUGCUGAGAUAAAAGUACAGAAAAUAGAACCUGAAAGUAUUAAAGGGAAUGUUGAUGCUGCCUUUAAACAUGAACCAUUAUGGGCUGAGGAUGGUCGUCAAAGCUCAGAGCAGCCAGCAGUUCCUGAUGAGGCAGCAACUGUUCCUCUUCAAGACAAAACAUGCUGUCAUUGUGACUUCACUUGUGCUAAUGAUCUGGAACUAGGAAGGCACUUAAAGAAAACUCAUAAAGAGAAAAAACCAUUUGUAUGUUCUGUUUGUAAGGCUUCAUUUGAGCUGGAGCUAAGUUUUCAGAUCCAUACACUUUUGCAUGCGGACGCUAAACGUCCAGUGAGUAAGUGGAAGACAAAAAAGAAAAAAAAUUAUUCCUGCCCAGUGUGUUUUAUGACUUUUCCUACUCCAAAAAAACUAAACACUCAUGCCAUUAAUGAACACCAUCUUUCAGCCCUAUACUCCUGUGAUACCUGUAGAUUUACAGGCUUGUCCAAGGCUGAACUGGAAGAACACAACAUUUCUCAAGAGCACAUCAAGAAAGUGAGUAAAUUAUCAGUCUGCCCAGUGUGCCAAGUAAUCACACUUAAAAUGACAGCCCAUUUGGCUCAGAAACACCCUGAGCAUCGUCCACAUGUGUGUCACAUCUGCAGCUUUCGCAGCAAAUCUGUAACUGGUUUGAAGUACCAUGUGCAAACUCAUGCUGAAACUAAAAACUUUUUUUGCCCUCAUUGUAACAGAGCCUGUAAGUCUAAAAUUGUCCUCAAGAGACACAUAAAGAACCACGACCCUGUGAAAAAGUACAAGUGCAAUCUCUGUUCAUUUGCAACCAAUGAAAGCUAUGAGCACAAACGCCAUGUCCAGCGUGUGCACUCAAAAAAAUCUUACUUCAGCUGCAAGUAUUGCAAUUUGUCCUUUCUGCAGUCCUGUGAUCUCAAACUUCAUGCUAUGUCUGAGCACCAGUCUAAAGAUUCUUUCUUCUGUAGUUAUUGUGAAUUCUCUUGUGAGACAAGGAAUGAUUACAAAAUUCACGUCCAGACUCAUACGGGUAAACAUCGCUUCCUUUGUGAUUCUUGUGAUUUUACAACACCAUUUAGAGCUCACCUUGAAAGGCAUAAAAACACCCACACAAACAAUCGGCCUUUCAAAUGCCCUAUUUGUGGCUAUGAAUGUCGAGAGAGUAUUAAUUUGAAGAAGCAUAUGGUGACACACAGUGAUGAAAAACCAUUUUCCUGCUCUCUGUGCUCCUAUACAUGCAAGUUAAAAAACCUGCUAGACAGUCACAUACGUAUUGUUCAUACCAGUAUGAAGCCCUACUCCUGCACAUAUUGCCCAUACAAAGCCAAGACUUCUGGCAAUCUGAAAAAACACAUGUGGAUCCAUCAGCAAAUAAAACCUUAUAAGUGUAGAUUUUGUUCAUACACUGCAAGAGAAAAAAAUAAGCUGGUGCGACAUGAGAAUACAAAGCACAAAGAUUUUAUCCAAAAUAUGGUAGAAAGAACUGAGUUACAAGAGUCGCAAGAAGGUGAUGAAACUGGGAUUCAAGUUGACAUAAGCAAAGAAUGACUUUUAAAUAAAUCUCAUUUUCAAAACAGUACAUCAUUGAUUACUUCAUCUACUUCAAACUGCAUGACCUGGUUUAAAUUGGAUUGAGCAUACUGAAUUCAAAUGUUCACUCACACUGACAUCUCUAGAUUUGCUCGUCAUUGGAGCUGGACUUAUAAACUGAAAAAUUGUAAUUUACCUCAGUUUUCUCUUAGAACUUUCUACCACUAAAAUAACUGUCUUGCUGUUAACAGCAGAAAACACAUAAAAUUGUGAUUUCGUUUAUGUACAACAGGGUUUGUUUAAAUUCAUUUCUUACACCCAGAGUUUUGAUUGCAAAUGUUACAUAAUGAAACAUUAGCUACUUAAAUCUUCGUGGUACUUGUAAUGAAAUAUUUGUAUGAACUAAAAGCCCAAGGAGUGUGUAUCUGUUGAUUUUAUGUACUGUUAGCAAUGUUUGACCUCUUAGUCCCUUUACUCAUUUGAGUAUAAUGGCCAACUGGGAAAUGUGAAUGCUAUUGCUUUGGUCAAAUCUAUUCCCCCAGACACUACCAUCAUUUUUCAAUUCCUACCAUUAACUCAUGAAUUCGUCAAUGACAACCUUUCAUUAUCCCAGCAAGCUGAAAUUUCCCACAUAAACUUGUGCUUCCUGACAACACAUUUUAAUUAAAAUUUAAAAAAGAUCCUUUUAUUAAUAAUUGAAUUUUGAUUAAAAAGAAUUAUUUUUCUUCAAUUUUCAAUGGGGCUCAGGACAUCUAACAAUUAGAUUGUAUUUUUCUUAUUACUGAUUAUCGGUAAUAUCCUGAUCCGUUUUUCAUAUAUGGCUGCCCCAAUGCAAAUUUAAGACUUAAGGUUACUAUAUUAUUUGAACAUAAAUUUGGUAUUUAAUUUUUUUUUUUUUAAAUCUUCUUUUGCCAGUAUUACUUGUUCUUGAUCUUCCUGUAACACAACUAUUCUGGUGAUUUAAAAAAAAUGUGGGGGAUGGGGGCUACUAUGCUCUUUUGAAAGUAUGCUCUUUGUUUUUUAUUAGAUAGGGGUUUACUUGCUUUUAAUCAUUAUUAUUUUAGAUUUUGUACCAUGUCACUACUAUGUUACUUUUAGUUAGUUUGCAAAAGUAAUAUUCAAAUAGAAAUGUCUUUAUUAUUUCAAUGUUCAACAUUCUUGAAUACCGGUACAAAACAACAACAUUAGAGUUCUUGAAAUAUAAGUUUAUUAUGAAAUGAUUCUGAAACAGCUUUGACAUUGUUUAACCUCAUCUAAAUUCUUUAAAUGGCUUUAAUAAAAAGUGUACAAUACUCUAUAAAA